AGAUACAUAGGUUAAACUGAAGUUACAACAAUGAGUGAAACUGCAAACAAACCGAACGUUGCUUACAGCGAGGACGAACAACAACUUGCAACCAACGCUCACAACUUCUUUAAACAGAACCAGUUCGAUUCAGCGCUGGGUUUGCUCAAGAAAUUGAACAAAACUCAUUCGAACGAUGUGUGUUUGCUGCACAACCGAGCGCUCACGGAGUUCUGUAAAUCUGGGAAAACGAAAUCAAUUGAAUUUAGAAGAACUUUAUCGAAAUUACAGAAAGCCCUCCAACAAUCCCACAAAGAUGACGAAGACCUCGUGAUCAAAGGGGAGAAAGCCAACCAUGCUACCCUUCAUUAUAACCAAGCCCUGCUGUUGUUUAAUAUACAUCAAUACAGCGAGGCCGAAAUAAUUCUUGAAAAACUGUUGCAAAAUCUUGAUGUUUCCGAUGAGAAGUUUCACUUAAGUGUUGUCCUGUUGUUGGUUGAAUGUUAUCUUAUUAACUGUAAUACUGUUAAAGCUGAGAAUUGCAUCAAACAAAUCCAAACCACCUACAUUGAACCAAAUGAAGAAUCUACAAAGAAAUCAUCAGAAGAUAAAACACAAGGACAAGCACUGGGUGAAUUGUCACCUAACCAAUUGGAAUCCUUGCGUAACUACAUACCUCAGUUGAAGGCUUGUUGUUAUUUAAAGCAACGAUCGAUCAAAGCUUGCAAACGUGAAAUUAAAGUUUUAACAACAACCACAAGCAGUAACCAACAGCAGACGCCUAAUGUUCCGAAUAUUACAACUGUGUUUCUCAAAAGUAACUUUGAGUAUGUGAGAUGUAAUUACCACAAGGCUUAUAAACUGCUGGGGAGUUCCCCUAACAUGGGAGAGAGACAACAAAACAUCAGUGCAAUGCUCGAUAAUAACUUGGCUGUCAUUUACUCAAGUAUGGGGAAGUACCACUUGGGGAACUUUUACAUGGAGAAGUCAUUGAAGGAGAAUGAGAGUUGGUUGAACACAUCAUUGAAACAACAUAACAAUAAUAACGGGGGAGGGAAUAAAGCAAAUUCAUUCCCAAUCUCAAUACUGCAUAUGAAUAAGAGAUACGAGCUCCUGUACAACCGUGGUAUCCAGCUUCUCCAUGGUGGGGAUCCAACUUCAGCGUUUGAUUGUUUCAUCACAACAGCCAGUGUUUAUCACACAAACCCAAGGUUAUGGUUAAGGUUGGCCGAGUGUUGCAUACAUAAGUAUACGAAUCAACAUGAAUCUGAAGAUUCACCGAAGCGUAAAACACCAACAAGAUGUUUUAAUAAAGUUGGAUCGAGCGUUCAUCGUAAAGUUGUUGUGUGUUCCAACCCCUCCCAUGCAGGUCGCACGUCGAACACAACAUCAGCCACCCCCACCAUGGAGUUUGCGUUUAUAUGUCUUUCCAAUGCUCUUAUUAUCAUGGAACGUGAGAUGAAACAUGGGGGAUGUUUGCAGAAAACACACAAUGAAGUGAAGAUACUCGAAGAGAAGCUCAGUGAUGUCACAAUAGCUUGCCUCCCUAGCCCUCCAGUGGUUGGAACACGGAUAUGUUAUCUCUAUGCCUCGAUAUUAUGCAACAGCGCGUUUGUAGCUCUUCACCUCGGCAAUGCAAGUGUGGCGUUACAACACGCAGCUUGUGUGCUGAACUUGCCCAAGAUAUAUGGAUCUCAUAGAUACCUUGCAAAUAUGUACGCUGGUGAAGCUCUUGUAGUUCUCGACCGAAUAUCAGAAGCCAUCCAACAUUUGCAAGUUGACAAGAUAACCAAUGUUAGUUGCGCUGUGGCUGAAAGUGGAAAGAGAUCACCUUUGUCAGACGAUGGCAGCAACAAGUCUGGCAAUGGAAACGAUGAAACACGGAUUUGUAAACCAUCUAUUUGUUUGAUUGACAACCCCAAGCACCCAUACCCCCCAAACACCGCCACAGCUCACGCACAUAUGAUGCUCAACCUUGCUGCUUGCCAUUGCCUGAGGAGCGAGAAUGAAAAGUCGAUCAAAUUGCUUCAACAAGCGGCUAACCUUAUACCAGGGAAGUCCCCUAACCAGGGACUAAUGCUAGCUGUGUAUUUGAACUUGAGUAGCGGGAAUAUCAACAAAGCUGUGCAGAUUUUGCAGCAUAAUGAUCCAUUGUUAAAAUUUGACCAACCGUUAAGUGACAGGCCAGGUAGCAUGGCUUCUCAUGGUGACAACCACGUGACGGGUGUCACUCAUGUGGCAAGUGUCACCCACAAGCCAGGCAGCAUGACACCUGACAGAGUUGUCAAAGCUGGAAAAUCUGACGGAAAAAAUAAACGAAACCGUCGCUAAAGUUUCGACUUAAAAUUAACAGCGGUGAAAUAUAUCAAUAAAGAACGUAAACUAUUAAACUAA